AUGAUGCUGAUGCUUCAGCUGAGAAUCAUGGUGGAAGCAACGUUGCUGCUAAUUCUUUCGCUACUCAUCGUUCACUGCAAUGCUCGCGUUGUAAGAAGUGAACUAGGAAAACACCCUUCACUGAUUCAUAACGAAGACGAGGUCAUGUUUCACAACUUAGAAUAUCCCAACAUGGUGGAAAACGACGAAGAAAACGAAGUAAUUGCUGUACGGCUCUUGAACAGCCAUCUUUCAAAAUCGCUUUUAUCAAACCCAGUGGAUGUACAGAAUGUCUCAUAUGAAAGUGUACAAGAUGUACGAACGGACGAAAACAGAACUGAACUUGAAACAGAGGGAAUUCAGCGAGACACAAUUGAAACAACCACAGCAAGAAACAAGAUGGAAUCAACAACAUCACAAACACUACAUUCCUAUGAUAAAUCCUUAGAGGAAGACUGGGUUCGUUCCCAAAUAGAAAUUCCUCUAUCAUCUGAGGAAGAGGAAAUACAUUACGAAGGCAGUAAGAUAAUAGCCACACCAGGAAGUUUCACAACUUCAACAACUUUAACAACUCCAAAAUCUACGCCUACGACUGCCAAAAUACUAUUUAGGGCAACAACCUUACCACCAUCAACUUUCCGAAGCCCCGUAGUUUUCGGAUAUCGAAGGCGAAAAGCAAGAAACCACCAUUAUUACUACGACGAGCUUCCGGAAAUUGACUUCGAUCAAAUAGAUCUUGGUGACCUAGAAGAUUCCGAAAUAAAUGGAAAGCGACUGAAAGAGUUGGUUGCCCACGGUUACGAGCCAGAAAGCAUAGAACAACCCGUUCGUCCCCGGAAACGACGCCCGAAAAUGCAACCCAUCCAAACUACCGAAUGCCCAUGUGCCAACGAAAGACGGCAACAGUCAGUCGAUGACUAUGACGAUCAAUCAGUAGAGCACAGACAACUUGCACCGUUGAAGAAACGGUUUAUCAACCAGCAAAAUCAGUUACCCACCGAAGAUUUUCUGGAUCCCGAUAUGAGCAUGGAGCAGGCGGAACGCGUUCAGGGCGCCCUGGAACGAAUCAUGGGAAUCGUAACGAUCAUGUCCCACGUCGAUAGUUUCAUCCACAAGAAAACCAAACAGUCGAUAAGGCGACUAGCGAAGCUGUACGAAAGCGAAGAAGAGUGAAGGCUGUGGAAAAAAAAAUAAAUAUGUUUAAACUGAUAAGAA